CUAAUGCAAGACCUUUAAAUUUCAAUUGGAAUUAUCAUUUCGGUUAUAAUCAUAUCACCAAUUCAGUGUUAUCGACAAACAAUGCAAUAACAACAACCACACCGUCUUCAUUCAUAUUACCGAAUUCUACUAUUGGUCAUAAUAAUAAUAAACAUCAAUGGAUGAUUCAUCAUAAUGUUGACUAUGAUAAUCAUAAUAAUAGUAAUAACAAUAAUAAUAUUCAUCAUGAUUAUGACAGUGAUGUUAAUCAAGCGGCACAUUUUGUUGGUUUAAAAAAUGGUGGAGCUACAUGUUAUAUGAAUUCAAUUAUACAACAAUUGUUUACAUUGGAACCAAUACGUGAUUGUGUACUAAGUGCUAAUCCAGAAAUUGUCUUAGCUAAUUAUAGUAAUGUUGGAGGAGUAGUGGAUAAACAGAUGAAUACUUUCAGUGCACUGAAAACAGAAACAAACUCUCAUGAUAAUCAUAUCAUUGAUAAUGUUUGUGAGCAGACACUG